UGCACUGCCCUUUUACGUUCAGCAUGGUGAACGUUUUCAUCUUCGUAAAUAUUAUGCCCACCUUUAUCUUGCACGCCCUUUCGUGUACAAUAAAUAACGUCACAAAAGUAGCCUGAAGGCGUUUACCCGUUGAUUGGUGAGUAAAUUGAUUUUUAGUUUGGAUUAUUUACGAAAUUUAGCUUGUUUUCCACGAAACAAUGGAAAAACAAACGCCCUUUUCGAACGGCGUAUCCCACUAAACGCACCGCAGCAAAACAAUUCAAUUCGCCAGUGUGUAUUGACGUUUCCAUAGAAAUAGGCAAUAGUACGUUUAUAGCCUACGCUGCAACGCUUCAAGAUACCAGGACGAUUGUCCACCGUUCCUAGAGCAACCAAACAAAAGCACGUCGUAACCACAGCCGCAAGCUAAGAACAGAUAUACUUCUCACAAACGUACGAUAGCGCAGAGACGUUCAGCAAGACAAAAAGAAAAGAAAAGUUGCUGCGGUUGCAAAACGUUCGUGUUGAUUUUGUUGCUCGUAAUAUUGCAGUAUUUGCCAUCAUUUUCCACUGGCAAAGGAUGGAUGUACGCACGGUUCUCGAUGGCUACUUACGGAAAGCCGUUCAUCCCAAUAAUCAUGAUUUGGACGUGUCCGCAAUCGAUCAGUUCUGUCUGACGUUGAAAAAGGAUCCGUCCAAGAUGUCCAUUGCCCGGGAGCUGCUUGUAAGCCGGAUACAGUCAACCAACACGAAGGAAUCCCUGCUUGCGCUAGAGGCGCUGGAAGAAUGCAUGGAAUCUUUAGGGCGCGAGUUUCGGUCGGAGAUAAACAAGUUCCGGUUUCUUAACGAACUGAUCAAAAUGGUUUCGAAGAAGUACAACGGUGACCAAACACCGCGCGAAGUUUCCGACCGUAUUCUAAACAUUCUACUUACCUGGACGAACAAGUACGAUCCGUGCGAUUGUGAUAAAAUACAGGAAGCGUAUAAUCUGCUUGCAACCCAGGGCAUCCAGCAUCGGUCACAGCAGAACGUGAUCAUCCGUGGUCCACCGGUCCGGCAUCCGGACGAGCGUGGUCCGGUGCUGGACAAGGAGCAACAAAAGCUCAAACAACUCAUCAGCAGCGGUAAGCCGGAAAACUUUGAGAAAGCGAAUCUCCUGAUACAGAACCUGUAUCGGGACGAGGAACGGCGCACACAGAUGAAGAGUCGCCGGUUGACCGAGCUGCAGAAGGUGGCAGAAAAUACGAAGCUGCUGAACGAAAUGCUCGAUCAGUAUCGGGCCGGUGAAACGUCGGACGAUGAGUUGGCGAUACUGAGCGAAAUUUAUGAAUCGUGUGAAAGUGCCCAUCCAACGAUUGUCCGGCUGGCAGAGGAAACACAACACAGCGAGGAAAUGCUCGUUCAGUCUCUUGAGAGCGGAUGCAAGAAUGUAGGAAAAUUCUGGAGUUUAGCUAGUGAAUUUGAAAAAAUAUUCGAAGUCAAUGAUGCGCUUACGCUGGCGUUGGACAAAUACCGUGUAAAAAUAUUGCACCAACAACCGGCAGAGCGAACCACACGAUCACAGCGUGGCACCGAUGAGUCUAUGACACUUCCCACCAUGAACUACACACCGAACAUCACACGGCCUGAUACACUGGACGCACUGUUUGAUGUGUCCAGCGAUGUACCGGGUAGUGGUGACAAAGAGACAACUACCUCGCAGCGUACGAACUAUGACGAUCUUAGUGACAUAUUCUCAUCGUCUGGCAGCAACGGCACACCCGGACAAGGUUUACUGCUGCCGGAAACGAUUGCGCAAAGCAGUGUACCUACGCUCGGGUUCGGUCUCAAUGGAUUGAAAGCCGACGAAACCAAAUCCAAAGAUAAUCUGAUGGAAUUAAAUUCCAUUCUCAGCAACAUUAAGAAAAACGCCAGUGCUUCUUCUCCAUCGGGUCAGAUCGGUGGAAAGCCGGUCCUGCCUGCGUCGAGCAGUGCAACAAAGAAACAUUCACCAACAGCAGCUACACAGAAUGGUAGCAAAUCGAUUCCCGAACUAGAUUCCAUCAUUAGCGGUAUGAAAGCGACACUGCUUUCGGGACCGGCGGUUACGGCCGAAGAGGUACAAUCCAUUCCAACACCAAAACCCGAACCGACCGGUGCCGGAUCGGAAGAGGACGAUCCAAUUCUAGCAACGCCGGUUACAACAUCUCAACAACAACCGCCAGUAAAUUCAGAGGAAAGCAUGCCAGCCGAGGUUGUGACCAAGCCGGAAUUGAAAGCACUGGCGGACAUUGUGAUCGAUCUUGACUGUAUUCAGCCGAGCAGGGAACCAUCGCGUACCGUGCUGGAUGAUAAGGAAGGCCUUCAGAUUACGCUUAACUUUGCAGCCGACCAUCCGCGGCCCGAUGUGACGGUGAUUGUUAUUUCCACGAUUAACCAAGGCCGAACCAGCAUUCCCAGCUUUCAGUUCGAUGCGAGCGUACGGAAGCCGUGCAAAUUGCGAUUGUUGCCACCAUCCGCUACCAGCCUGCCCGGUACGAAACCGUUCCGGCCACCGGCGGACGGUAUUACGCAGGUGUUGCUGUUGGCCAACCCGACCGGCGAUCCCGUCGAUGUAACCUGCAUUCUGACGUACCUGGUGGGCGAUGAUCCGGAUCCAAUCAAGGAAUCGAUCGUUAUGCAGGCGGUACCAUCGGUGCGAGAAUGAGUAGUUGCGCGAAAGCGAAAACGGCAACCCUGUGAUUGAGAAUUAUAAACAGGACGCGAUCGUUUUAUCGAAGGACGAACAUCAUAAGUCUGUUUAAAAGAAUAGCUUUUCAAAUCUCCCGGCUGCUAAGAGACCGAAAGUAUUCCUUUGGAUUCAAGAGUCUCUAUAAUACAUCCAAACAACGGCAACAAAUCUCCCGGCACACGCGGCAGCUUACUGAGGCAACUAUUGCGAACAAAAAUGGCGAGCGCACGGAGUCAAUAAUAGGCUAAUAUAAUAAGGAUAAUAAAAAGUAUAUAUAUGUAUACAUUAUGCCAGUUAAUGCACACGUCCAGAAUUGAUUUUCUUGUACAGGAGAAAAAAUGCAAUUAAGGCAGCAAAAAAUGGGAAGGAAAAAAAACGGCGGUGAUCGUUUCGAGCAUAUUGGUUUAUGUCUGUGGCAUUUACUUUGUGAGCAAAUUCCUGGAGCUUAAAACAUAAAAAUACAUUAUUGAUUGAGGUCUGUGUUAUGGGGGAAAGGUAAUUUUAACGGCCGUAAUUUAACAGCUCGUCCGAGGUUUUGUUUUUCGUUUUCGUGAAGGUUUUGCUUACAAGAAUAAAAAUGUAAAAUCAGA